AUGAAACAUCUCUUCAAUUAAACCAAAUACUUUUAAUAACAGGGGCACAUAUAUUGUGUUAAUGGAAGCAAGGAAGGAAUUACUAACUCUCCUUCCUAUACAUUUCAUAGUAGAAUUAAGAAGUCCUAACUCGAAUAGAAGAAAAAGAAGAUACAUAAGCAAUUUGUUUUCAAAAAAGAUAUCUAAUUACUCCCAAAGGUUCGUGAAUUAUUCGAAUGUUUGCUAAUCCAAGUAACAGGUUAGAACUAGAAGUUUUUAUACUAAAUAUUUACUCCUCUUUAGAAUAGUAUGAUAAAAAAUCAAAAAAAGCACUAGAAAACUUUAACUAUAACUUAUGACAACAAAGCGAUAUAUAUAUAAUGUUGGUAAAUUAAAAUUUGUCAGCCAAUUUAAAUCUUUAUAAGACAUGCUAUUCUGAUUACCAUAUUUUGUUGGCAAAAAUCUGACUACAGAAGUCGCAUUUAUCAGCUAAAUAAUAUCAGUUCUACCCAGUUAAAUAAAAUAUCUAUCUUUUAAACUCUCUAAUAAAUUAAAAUAAAUCGCUUAAAUAGUUUACUUAGAGAUAUAAUAGAAAAUUAACCAAAUUCAAUAUUCUUAAAGUAGAGCAUAAACACUAACUAAAUGUAUUAAUUAAAUUUAUAGCCAAGCAAUAAAUAGCAUUCUACGUAGAACUGAAAAGUAAUUAAGAAAUAAUUAAUUAGAAAAAGCCUUCAAAUUAAUCAAUAUAUUAAUUAUGAACCCUACAAAGAGAGGUAGUAGUAUCGUGAAUUGUUUCAUAGAUGGUGAUUCACUUAUAAGCUGUAAGAAAUAAAUUCUUUUGAAUUGCCUAAAAUAGCUUGCCAUAUUUAAAGAGAUAUAAACAUAUUCUCUACUACAACUUCCUAAAAUAAUUCAAUAUCGCUUGGAGAACUUUAAUUUACGAAAUAAAGAAUGUCAUAUUACUGAUUUAGUAUUUAAUUUCGGAAAAAAUCAUUUGGUUCCCUUUAAUAAAGCAUAUCCAAACAUUCCAGAAAAAGACUAAUUCAGACCUAUAAGUGUAAAGUCCAAUGAAAAAUGGCUAGAGAUUAGAUUCCCACAUAAUAUUUGGUGAAGAAUGUACCUUUAAAGAAUAAUUUGGUUUCAUUAGAGAUGAUGGAAUCCAACCAUAAUUACUCAAACUAAUUACUGAUAUACAAAGGUUGAGAAAAAAGAUCAAAGAGUAGUUGUAUUUAUUAAUUUUUGAUCGGCCUACAACUGCCAUAUUAUUUAACCUAUUAAAUGUGAUGCUUGGCUUAGACAAGGAGGAAACAAUUUUCAUUUAAAAUUUAAUGAGUCGGUAGUAUUUAUUAUAAGAUAAAAAAAAAUCUAUUUAAAAAAUGGGGUGCCAUACGGAAGAAUACUUUCAUAAGCAAAAGUAUCCAAUUUUAUUCGUUUGUAAGGUUUUUUACAAAGCAAAUUUAAAUUUUUCAGUUAAAAUUGGAAGGACUCACCUAAAGUUUGAAAUAAGAUAUUUUUAAAUAUAUUAUGUUAUUGAUACUCAAUACAAAAUUUUUGACAACUUAAUAUAUUCGAAGGGUCUUAAAGGAAAUUUUCAACGAUUAACAAUUUGUAAUAUUUCAAAUCUUGAAUUUAUUCAACAUCAUUAAAUUGAAAAAUAAAGCACGUUAAUUUGUAUAUUUUAUUUGCUGUUGUCUUAAUUAUACUAUAUUACAAAGAAACCUCUAUAAAUUGUACAAAUUGCUAGUGCAUUUCAAUUUUGA